AUACUUAUUUGACAUGGCUUAGAGCAGCAGUGCUGUGCAGUCUUCCAAAACACUUUGGCUUUGUGCCUUUAAUUUUAUUGGAAGCAAACUUUCUAGAAACCACUCCCAGCUUUUAGACAGAGACUUGAAUAUCGGUCAUUUCAGCUGUGAGGAAACAAACAACAUGGACACUGACUUCACAGGCAAAGAUGUUUAUGAGAAGGAAUUUGAUCCUUGGAGUUAUUUAGAUACAUAUUAUAACCCAAUAUCAGGCCUUGUGACGAAGGAUGGUAAUCUGGAUUUUGCGUUAAAAAAACUUCAUGAGGCAUUUACCAUGCAUGGAGUGAAGGGGGAAACACUUAUUGACGUUGGCCAUGGACCAACAAUUUAUCAGGAACUUUCUGCAUGCGAAUCCUUCAGAGAGAUCAUUGGUGCUGAAUACACUGACCGUAACCGCGAGUACUAUGAAAAAACCCUGAGAAAUGAACCAGGAAUAUUUGACUGGACAAGUGUUAUACAAGCAGUCUGUGACCUGGAGGGAAAGGGUACAACAGUGGAAGAGAAGAGAGAAAAACUGAAAAAGACAGUGAAAAAGACUAUCAAAUGUGAUGUAACUAAAAGCAAUCCUGUGGCACCGCUGGUGUUGCCCAAAGCUGACUGUGUAAUGGCUAUUGGGUGUCUGGAAUCUGCCUGUGAAGAUCUGGAUAGUUAUUGUAAUGCCCUUAAUAAUAUUUCAUCCUUGCUAAAAGUGGGGGGGUAUUUAAUAAUCUCCGAAGUCCUUAACUGUACCACUUACUUGUUUGGAGACAAAAGGUUUUCUUGCUUAUCGUUAAAUGAGGAAUUUAUGAGAAGUGCUAUAACCAAUACCGGUUAUGCUAUAAUAGACCUGGAGGUUUUUCCCAGAAAGUAUGAUGAAGAGCAGUACAAUCUCUGUGAUUAUGACUCUAAUAUAUUUGUUCUUGCACGCAAACUGAGGGAUAUUUAGGCUGGAGAGGACAGUACAUAGUAUAUGACUGCUUAUGUCUAUUCUCUACCAAGAUUUCUUUACACCUUCAGUUAUAAAAAAUAUACCUAUUCUGAACUAAAAAAAGAAUCAUUACUGCUCUAUUUAAAUUUCUCUAUGGGGCUGAUUCAAGAAUGCUCAAAGCUUGCACAUUCUUAAAUUGGUCCCUUUGCCAUUGUCACCUAAAGGAGUAAACAUUUUUUUCUGCCCCUAAAUAGCAAUAGAUCUAUAAAUUUAAAUGGUUACACCCUUUUUAGGAGGAACAGAGGGAAUGGAAAAGGUGGAGGGGCUUGUCUGUAUAUAAAGCCAGAAUUAAAGCCUUGCACUAAAGAUAUUAACAGGGACAGCAUGUACUCUUUAUGUUUCCUAUAAAUUAAAAUUCAAAACACUUUAUGGACCAAUACUAUUAUUGGACAUUCUACAAUAGUGACAAAAGAAGGUUCCUAACUUAUUUAAACUCUAGACUUGUCUCAUUACAAUAAUCAUAUAUGGUAUAGACACAGUGCCAUCUAUGUAGAAAACCCCCCAGAUGUACUAAGAUAUUUGAAAAAAAAGCUAAAAAUGUCUACAGCCCUGCCAAGAUUUGAAGGGGUCAAAUCAGACAGGUAAGGUCCGACCUGAAAUUCAAACCAUAAGGCAAUACACAAUUCUAUGAUAAGUGUUUUUCACUUAUUUAAUACCUGUUCAAUAACUGUGAUCCUCAUAACAUCCAGUAAACAGGGCUGUCUCAACAAAAUAUGGGGAAUGUGAAACUCAGAACUUAUAUGCUUCAAAUUUCAGCAGGGGCUAAAGGUUACAAAGAAAAUUAUCAUUGAUGUAUGCUAUAAACCACCCUGUAUAAGUGAGGAGGAUGAGGCCCAGCUACUGUUACAAAUGAAGGAGGCCUCACAACUAGGUCAAGUUGUUAUUAUGUGGGACUUCAAUUAUCCGGAGAUUGACUGGAGUAAUGGGGUGGCUAAGUCAGAAAAAGCUAGUAGGUUGGAAAAAGGCUAAAUGACAACUUUUUAUUUCAGGCAGUUUAAGAACCUACUGGAAAUGAUUCUCUUUUGGACCUGGUAAUAACUAAUAAUGCUGAACUUAUCUCUAGCAUUUGCAUGGGUGAGCAUUUAAGGAACAGUGAUCACAACAUGGUCUCCUUUGAGGCAACUCUAUAAGGGAGUAACUAAAACACUAAAUUUUAAAAGUGCAAAGUUUGCCAGUAUAAGGGCAUCUCUGAAAUAUAUUAACUGGGAAAGGCUGUUCCAAGGUUUAAACACAGAAGGAACAUGGGAUAUCUUUAAAAUGCUACUUAACAAGUAUACAUGUCAGUAUAUUCCCCUUCUAAGCAAGGAAAUACAUCACAAAGCAAAACCUUUAUGGUAAAUGUGCUAGUGUGGAACUUAGCUGGAAUAGCUGAAACUUUCAUCACGUACAAGGAAGCAAAUAAAGCAUGCAAAAAAGCUAUCAGGCAAGCUCAAAUACAAAUAGAAAUAGAAAAUGGAAAAGGGCAUUGCAGCUAGGCGUAAAAGGAAUCCAAAAUUAUUUUUAAAUAUGUAAAUAGUGAAAUAGUGAAAAAAAAUUGAAGCAAGAAAGCCUGGAACCCUUUAAUCACAGGGGGGUCAGUUGGUCUAUGAGAACAGUGAAAAGCAGAAAUUCUGAACUCUUAUUUUUCAUUUAUCAAUACAACUGAGGAGCCAGCUAAUCAAGGCUUCCUUUUUAAUAGACCAAUUGAAGAAUUUAAAUACUUGAACAUGUUAAGGUAAACAAAGGUCACAAGACCAGAUGGUAUUCAUCCCAGGAUAAUAAACUAGUUAGAUCUGUGCCAAACCUCCACUUAAUUUUUUAGGAUUCAUUUAUGUCUGGCAUAGUGCAGAGAGACUGGCAAAUUGCUAAUGUGGUGCCAUUAUUCAAAACAGGAUCCCGUUAUCAGCCUGAAAACUAUAGGCCUGUUAGUCUGACAGCAAUGGUAGGAAAUCUUUUGGAAAGGGUAAUAAGGGAUAGGAUACUUGAAUACAUUACAAGUCACAAACUGUGAGUUUUUGCUAGCGUGGUUUUAUGUGUAUCAGAUCUUCCCAGACUAAAUGAAUUGCCUUUUAUCGUUAUGUGAACAGGAGCCUUAACUCUUGGAUGGCAGUGGAUGUGGAUGUCAUCUACUUGGACUUUGCUAAAACAUUUAAUACAGUACCUCACAAAAAAUGAAUGAUAAAAUUGAGGGAUAUUGGCCUGGAAUAUAAUAUUUGUAAUUGAAUAAAGAACUGGCAGAAAGUGGUAGUAAAUGGAACAUUUUCUAAUUAGACUAGAGUGGUUAGUGGAGUACCGCAGGGGUCUCUCCUUGGUCCUUUGCUUUUUAACUUGUUUAUUAAUAACCUGGAGGUGGGCAUAGAAAGUACUGUUUCUAUUUUUGCAGAUGAUAAUACAUUAUGGAAAGUUCCAUGCAGGAUGCUGCCACGUUGAGAGCGAUUUGACAAAACUGAAAAACAGCAAAAUGGAAAAUAAGGUUCAAUGCUGAAAAUUGCAAAGUUAUGCACUUUGGUAGAAAUAGUAUAAAUGUGAGUGAUACACUAAAUGGUAAGGUGUUGGGGUAUCCUUAAUUGAGAAGGAUCUGGGGAUUUUUGUAGAUAACAAGUUGUCUAAUUCCUAUAAUUCUAAUUCCUAUAUAAUCGUAAAAAUGAUUAGU